ACCCCAAACAGCAGGGCUGGACGAUCUGUGCUAACACAUCCCGGGGAGCCCCACCAUGCAGUUACUAGUCAAGGUCAUCCUCACCCUGUGGGUCUCCUGGGCUCGUGGACAAGGAAGAACUUGUGAUUUCCCGGAAAUAAAACAUGGAAACAUAUAUGAGGAAAACAGAUAUAAGCCCACCUUCCCGGUCGCCACGGGGAAAUACUUCUACUACUCCUGUGAUCACAGCUUCGUGUCUCCCUCCCGGUCACUCUGGACGCAGAUAAACUGCACGAAGGGAGGAUGGUCACCAGCUCCGAGGUGUAUCAGACAGUGCUUCUUCCCCUGGGUGGAAAAUGGGCGUUCCACAUCUUCAGGGCGAACGCACCAGGAAGGGGACACCGUACAGAUCGUCUGUGACCAGGGCUACAGCCUCGCCAAUGACCAGGAUGUCAUCACGUGUGCGGAACACGGCUGGUCCACGCCCCCUACAUGCAGCCGCAUCAAUCUCUCCUGUGGCAGCCCUCCCACAGUGCAAAAUGCCUUUAUACCAAACCAGAAGCCUAGGUAUCGGCAUGGGGACACAGCACGUUAUGAAUGCAGGCACCCUUUGGGCCUCUUCGGGAAUCCAGUGGUGACCUGCUUAAGUGGGGAGUGGACAGACCCACCUGAGUGCAAGGAGUCCACAGGAAAAUGUGGGCCCCCUCCUGCUAUUGACAAUGGAGACAUUACCACGUAUCCAUUAGCAGUCUACGCUCCCGGGUCUUCAGUGGAGUAUCAAUGCCAGGCCUACUAUGAACUUGAGGGAAACAGGAGAAUAACGUGCCGUGAUGGACAGUGGUCUGAGUCACCCAAAUGCUUAGAUGCUUGUGUAAUAUCAGAAGAAAUCAUGGAAGCACAUAACAUAGAGUUGAGAUAUUCAUAUGCAAAAAAAAUUUAUACCAGAACAAAUGAUUAUAUUGAAUUUAGGUGUCGUCGAGGUUACUAUCGUAAACUGUCACCAGACUCUGCAUUCCGAGCACAAUGUCGAGAAGGAAAGCUGGAGUAUCCCACUUGUGCAUAAUGAGAGCUGUGUGGCAGUUUUCACAUUAAAAUAUGCGCCUCAUUCAGAAUUUUUAAAUAUUAAUCCAGUUCAUAUCAAUUUAUUUUUCUGUAACUCGCUUUUAUUCACUAAUCAGAAUUUGCAUUAAAUACCAUGUGGGAGAUGUCAUUGUAAUCUGAGACCAACGGACCACUUCUUAUAAGCAUCUCAUGAAAAUGUGACAAACCAACAUGCUGUGUGUUCUGUUCAUGAAAUGUCUCUGGCCAGAAAUCACCUCAGUGCCUGCCUCUAUCCCUCAUCGAUGUUUCUCUCUCUCUAAAAUCAAUAAAACAUGAAAAAGUUGAA